CCCAAGACCAGAGCGGAUUUUUUACAAUAUGCCUGUGACAUUACGAUUGAUCCAAACACAGCACACACACAGAUGUCAUUAUCCAAAGGAAACAGAAAAUUCACAGUAAUGCAGAGGAAACAGCCUUAUCCCAGACACCCGGACAGACUUAAAUACACGUUCUGGUUCAAUCUUUUCACCGAAUCCCUCCCAGGUCCUUGGACAUCUAGAGUAGGAGUGUACCUGGAUCACAGAGCAGGUACUUUAUCCUUCUACAGCAUCUCCAAGACCAUGACGCUCCUCCACAGAGCCGAGGCCGCAUUCACUAAGCCUCUUUAUGCCAGACUCUGGCUGCGUUAUCCUUCUGCUGGACUCAAUGCAGAGUUCUGUAAACUGAAAUAA